CACACGGACUACAGGGGAGUUUUGUUGGAAGUUGCAAAGUCCUGGAGCCUCCAGAGGGCUGUCGGCGCAGCAGCAGCAGCAGCAGCAGCAGCAGCAGCAGCGUCCGCGCGCUCCGGCGAGGGCCAGCCGAGCUCGGGGGAGCGCGGGGCCGCGGGAGCCAGAGCCGAGCGCGCACCGACCGGGACCCUCCGCCGCCCCCAGGCCGCCCAGCACCGCCGCGGCCAUGGCACACCAGCUCCUGUGCUGCGAGGUGGACACCAUCCGCCGGGCGUACCCCGAUGCCAACCUGCUCAACGACCGGGUGCUGCGGGCCAUGCUCCAGGCGGAGGAGACCUGCGCGCCCUCCGUGUCCUACUUCAAGUGCGUGCAGAAGGAGGUCCUGCCGUCCAUGCGCAAGAUCGUGGCCACCUGGAUGCUGGAGGUCUGCGAGGAGCAGAAGUGCGAGGAGGAGGUCUUCCCGCUGGCCAUGAACUACCUGGAUCGCUUCCUGUCGCUGGAGCCCGUGAAAAAGAGCCGCCUGCAGCUGCUGGGGGCCACCUGCAUGUUCGUGGCCUCCAAGAUGAAGGAGACCAUCCCGCUGACGGCCGAGAAGCUGUGCAUCUACACCGACAACUCCAUCCGGCCUGACGAGCUGCUGCAAAUGGAGCUGCUGCUGGUCAACAAGCUCAAGUGGAACCUGGCCGCCAUGACCCCGCACGAUUUCAUAGAGCACUUCCUGUCCAAGAUGCCCGUGGCCGAGGAGAACAAACAGAUCAUCCGCAAGCACGCGCAGACCUUCGUCGCCCUCUGCGCCACAGACGUGAAGUUUAUUUCCAACCCGCCUUCCAUGGUGGCAGCGGGGAGCGUGGUGGCCGCCGUGCAAGGCCUGCACCUGGGAAGCUCCAACAGCUUCCUGUCCUGCCCGCGCCUCACCCGCUUCCUCUCCAAAGUGAUCAAGUGCGACGCGGACUGUCUCCGGGCGUGCCAGGAGCAGAUCGAAGGCCUGCUCGAGUCCAGCCUUCGCCAGGCCCAGCAGCAGAGCCUGGACCCCAAGGCGGCGGCGGAGGAGGAGGAGGAGGAGGAGGCCGACCUGGCCUGCACACCCACCGACGUUCGAGACGUGAACAUUUGAGGGCGCAUGCGCGGCGCGGGAGGGGGCCGGCCCGGGUGCUCCCUGGACAGGACCGCUCCUCGCCAGGACCGGUCACGACCAGAAGGGAAAAAGCUUCCUUCUCCUUUCCUGUCGGUUUUUUUUUUCCCUUUGCUCUUUCUCCCUUCUGUCUCUGACAUAAGCAAAAG